UGUCCCAUCGCUUGGUUUCUUGUUCGCAUCUUCAGUUUAUUCAGUGCGAGCUGUCUUAGGUUAAACAGCUCAGAAAUAAUUUCGGAAUAUUAAGUGUACUAAAUUGUUCAAAAUGUUGCAGAAGGCAUGUUUUGCUUUGGUGAUAAUUUUCGUUUUCGCGUGUCAAGCUCAAGAGGUUCAGCUAGAUGAUCUGAUUAACAAUAUUUUUAAAAAUGGCAGUUCUUUUCCACCAGUGCCUACAAAAGUGACUGUGCUCAAUCCAGUACCAACAGUAAAUAGAAAUGAACCACCAAAUCCUACACCCGUAGAACCAAUUCCAGAAACUAACAAGUACAAAUCAUGUGGUCUGAAUCGGGAAUGUGUUCCUCGGUUUCUGUGUAACAAUGGUGCAAUUAUUGAAGAUGGUCUAGGUGUUAUUGAUAUACGAAUUGAUAAUGAAUGCUCUUAUUUGGAGGAGUGUUGUGAUGUACCGGAUAAGAUUACAGUUCCAAUUGUAGAUCCAGUGCCACCAGUGAAGCAUGAAGGGUGUGGUUAUCGAAAUCCUAUCGGUGUAGGUUAUAAAAUAGUUGGUGACAAAAAUAAUGAAGCUCAGUUUGGUGAAUUUCCUUGGAUGGUGGCAGUAUUGAAAAAAGAAGAAACAAUUAGUGAAACUUUAAAUUUGUAUGAAUGCGGUGGAGCAAUAAUUGCUCCAAAUGUUAUCUUAACUGCUGCUCACUGUGUGUACACAAAAAAAUCAGAUACAUUAGUUGUACGCGCUGGGGAAUGGGAUACGCAACAUACAACGGAAAUACUACCCUAUCAGGAUAGAUAUGUUACCGAAAUUAUUGUUCAUGAGCAAUUUAACAAAGGUUCUCUUUAUAAUGACAUUGCAUUGCUUAUUACGAAAACUCCUUUCGAUUGGGAAGAGAAUAUACGACCCGUAUGUUUGCCUACUGCUAACAUUAACUUUGAUCAUUCACGCUGCUUUGCAACGGGUUGGGGAAAGGAUAAGUUCGGUCGAGAGGGGCAAUAUCAAGUAAUUCUUAAAAAGAUUGACAUGCCUGUUGUACCAAAUGAUCAAUGUCAAAGUAAUUUACGUUUAACACGCUUGGGCAAAUAUUUCCGUCUUCACAGCAGCUUUAUAUGUGCUGGUGGCGAAAAAGACAUGGAUACAUGCAAAGGAGAUGGAGGUUCACCUUUAGUGUGUCCAAUAGUUGGAGUUAAAGAUCGUUAUUACCAGGCUGGUAUUGUUGCAUGGGGUAUUGGAUGUGGUGAUGAAAAUACUCCAGGAGUUUAUGCGAGUGUUUCAAACCUACGUCCAUGGAUUGACCAUCAAUUAUCUCAAAUAGGCAUUGACUUUAAAUAUUUCACACCAUAAAGACAUUAAUGUAAAUAAAAUUUACAUAAAAAUA